UGGGAAUCAGCUGUUCCGGCGAAAGGGCGAGCAAGAGACUCUACGACCGCCACAACACCAUACAAUUAUGGCCUCGAAAUUAGCCAAGCCGAGCCUCCUGAAGAACGUCGUGAAUCGUGGCUAUGCAGCCCAGGCAGCCGCACAGCAGUCCUACACCCUUCCCACUCAGGAUGUGAAGGUGACCACCCUGCCCACAGGUGCUGUUGUUGCUUCGCUUGAGAACAACGCUCCAGUUUCCCGUGUGGCUGUCCUCUUCAAGGCUGGUUCUCGCUAUGAGACUGCACCCAACAAGGGUGCAGCCCACAUGCUGCGAACAUCUGUUGGUUUAGGCACCAAGGACGCCUCAGCCUUUGCAAUCACUCGCACCAUCCAGCAGGCGGGUGGAUCCCUUACGGCAGAGUCUGGCCGUGAACACGUUAUGUAUAGCCUAGAUGUGGCCAGGAACAACGUGGACUCGAGCCUGGAGGUCCUUGCAAGUGUAGCCACGCAGCCCUCCUUCAAGCCAUGGGAGCUGGCAGACAACCUUAAGAGGAUUAAGAUUGAGCUUGCUAUGCGGGAUCCUUCCACCCUGGCCCUGGAGUUGUUGCAUGGGGCAGCCUUCCGUGAUGCUGGCCUUGGCAAUUCCAUCUUUGUGCCAGAUUACCAGCUUGGCAAGCUUUCUCAGGGUUUGAUGACUGACUUCGUUGCCUCGACCCAUCUGGCCAGUCGCAUGGCUGUGGUUGGUUUGGGGGUUGACCAUGAUGGCUUGGUUUCUUACGCCAAGAGCCUCGGAGCAGGGUCAGGAGAUGGAGUUCCUGUGGCUGGGUCAUAUGGAAGUGGAAGCCUGCGACAGGAGAAUGGAGCUGCUGUCACUUGUGUUGCUGUUGCUGGUGCUGGUGCCAGCAUUGGCAGCAGUGAUGCAGCAUCCCUGGCUGUAGCCCAACAGAUCCUGGGCAUCGGCCCCAACACCAAAUACGGUAGCAAUGCCAGUAGUGUACUUGCAAAGGCUGUAGCAUCAUCUGGAGGUUUAGGCUCAGCCUCUGCUAUCAACAUCAACUACAGCGACUCUGGGCUCUUUGGUUAUUUCAUUAUGGCUGAUUCUGCAUCUGUUGAAAAAGUUAUUGAUGCUGUGCACUCUGCAGUGAAAGAACUGAAAGUGACUCAAGCUGAUGUUGCCCGAGGGAAGAAAAUGGCAAAGGCGGCUAUCCACAUGGCAACAGAGGCAGGAGCUGAGCAUCUGGAAGACAUGGGACUUCAAGCUCUCCUGACUGGCACAUACGCCAACCCCUCCGCUGCUGCUGCUGCCAUUGAUGGUGUUACUGCCUCUUCUGUCCAGUCUGCUGUGAGUAAAGUCAUGGGAGGCAAGCUGAGCAUGGGAGCCAUUGGCAGUUUGUCUGCAGUGCCAUAUGUUGACCAGUUGUAAAAAAAAAAAAAAAUAUUUUAUCUUUUUUUUUAAUAUGAAGGCAGUUAGGAAUGGGAGCAGUUUCAUCCAGAAAAUUAAAUCCCUUCAUUAGUAUCAACACCUAAAAGUGGAUAAUUUAAUCAGGUUAGAUAAUUUACUACCGGUGAAAGAUUGUGAGAAAACCAGUUCAUCUUCACACUUUGUUCAUAUGUUGUUGUAUUCUGCUAAGCAGUGGGAAGAGUUUAACUUGCUUUGCAUCUGAAUACAACUACUUUGAAUACACUAGCCUCAAGAUUAAAAGCAGUAGUAAUGGCUAUAUAUGAUAGUAUUAAAAUGUUGAUUUGUCAAAUUAUCAAUGAAUUCUGUUCUCACCAUAAUCCUAGCGACAUAAGGUGCAUUUAUCUUGAGAAAAUGAAGACAACAAUCAUAAUCACUUAAAAAUUUCAUGAUUGUUGAAGGCAGGCAAAUGUACAUAGGUUUCUGAGGCUGACUCUCCAAAUUGAACUUGUUGUAGAUAUUUAAGUUAAUAUUUGUAAAGGUAUAAUAAUGUACAAUAUUCCACUGGAAUAAACCCUAUUUAAA